AUGGCCCCACGUCGUCAUGCAACCCCGUGGAGGGAGAGGCGUUCGGUUCAAGGUGGUUUCCUUGACCAGAAGAAGCGGGCCAAGGCCGACCGGGAGAGAUUCCGCCGCGGCAAAUGGGCAUGCUUUAAGCGGCUGAAUGAUUUGUACCUCGAUGGAAUAGAUGUCGGUCGAGAACGUCAUAUUUAUGUCGUGGUUUCUACUAAAGCUAAAGGGCGCGAUGAAUCCACACGCUACACGACUUAUAACUCACACCCUAACGAGGACUGGGUUCCACCCUUUGACAUGGUGACCAACCAUUGGCCACAAACUGAUCAGUGGGCGCCGAAAGAUUUUGAAAGGAAACAAGGCAAAGACCUGCAGAAAACGCAAAACAGUCAAGCCGCCACAAAUCGCCAACCUCGGUUCACUAUCCCAGCGCCACCUGCAUUGAACCUUCCUUUGACGCCCAUUCUGGCCGAAUUUGCUCCUUAG